GCUACGGAGAAUCUUUGGGCAUGCUCCCGGAUAUAUAUCAUCCCACCAGGAAGAGGAGGCAGAAAGCCAGCCCAGGUUACCGGUGGCGAACCGGUUAACCAACCCAAACGACCGCGUCUAGCAUAUGGAGGCAAAACUAGAGAGGCUGGAAAAAAAGGUCGGAGAGAAGAAUGAUCGAGACAAACCUCUGGCAGGGUCCCCGUUCACCACAAGGGUCCAUCUGACACCUUUCCCGCGAAAGGUCAAGAUCGACGCCCCCAGAUUCACCGGGAAGGAAGAUCCGGAAAUCCAUCUAGACUCCUUCAACCAGAGUGCGACCAUGAACGGUUGCACCGAUGAAGAAAAGUGCCUUCUUUUCUUCCAGACCUUGCUGAACCGAGCCACUGAAUGGUUCAAUAAGCUUCGCCCGGGAGGCAUUGACUCAUUGAGUGAUUUGGCCUCAAAAUUCAAGGCCAAGUUCCAGGAGAAUUGUACUAAGAGGAAGAAAUUCACCUAUCUUAGUACAGCCGGGCAAAGGGAGUCUGAGAACCUUACUCAGUUCCUUACCUGGUGGAAGGAAGAGGUAGACAAGGUGGAAGAGAUGGAUGACAAGACCGUCCUCUCCCUCCUCUUAAAUGGCUUGCGUGCUGGGGAACUAUACAAGGAGUUCUGCCGGAAACCCCCAGCUACGUACCAAGAGGCCUACCAUACUGCAUGGGAGUUUGCUGAAGCUGAAACCCAGCUCCGGGCAAAGAGAGAAGCUGAGCAUGGUCACAAGCCCAAGCCGGUGCAAGUCAAGAAGGAAGAAGCACCGGGACCUAGCCGGCCGAGGCACCACUAUGACCCGGUCAUCCGAGUGGUCAAUACGGAAGAAUGCCAAGAAGUCCGGAAAGCACCGGUCAUUCCUCCAGAAAACCCUACCGGUCAA